AUGUCGACAGAUGACGAGAGGACACCACUGCUACGCCCGGACGAUGCCGGCGCAUCAGUAGCAGUAGCAUCCGCAGACGACGACCAUGGCGGCACCCAGACGAGUCGCUCGAGGUCGUGUCUGCACGCCGUGUUCCAUGUCGAGAAUCGCAUCCUCCUCGCUGGCUUUUUAAUUUCCCUGUCCUUUAGUUUCACUCAAGUCCCCCUGCUCUACGUCUUUCGGCUCAUGACGUGCGACGCCUUCUACGACCACCACCCUCCGUAUACCGGCGACGGCGACCGAUGCGCGCGCAACGAGAUUGCGGCCGGCACCGCCACGCAAUUUAGCAUCCUCGGUAUAACAACAACACUCUGUGGGACUGUGAAUCUCUUUGUUGCUGGAUGGGCCGUCAAGAGAUGGGGCGCAAAGACGGCCAUUCUAAUACAGACGUUUGUGCCGGCCAUCCGCGUCCUCGCGCAGAUUAUCGGCGUCGUGGCCGGAAAGACGCUGGGUAUGAACAUUAUUCAGGCCACCCAGCUGAUUACUGUCUUUGGCGGCCCUGUUGGCUACAUCCUCGUCAUCAACAUCAUAGCCGGCGAGGUCGUCACCCCGAUCCGUCGGACGGCCGUCUUUGGCAUGUUGCAGGGAUGCUUCAUGCUGGGGCAAUCAUUAGGCAACAUAACUGGCGGCCUGCUAGGAGAUAAUUUCGGCGUUCGAGCGCCUUUCGAUGUUGCCUGCGGCUUCUUCCUCCUGUCGUGCGUCUACCUGCUGGUGUCACUGCCGUACAUUCCGCCGCCCGCGAGGACCGGAAAGUCGAGCAAGCAGUCCAGCGGAUUCCUUGCGCCGUUGCGGCUCCUGGCUCCGCAGAACCUGCGCCUGGCCAGCGGCAAGAUGAGCAAGCAUUACGGAAUCAUGUUUCUCUGCGCUGGUAUUUUCCUGGGAGUGCUGGCGACCGACUACGCCCCUCUGUUGAUCCAGAUGUACGCCACGGCUGCGUUCAACUUUAACCAAGCCAGCAACGGCGCGCUCAUGUCCGAGUUUGCGCUUGUGAGGGGCAUCUUCCUCUUGCUCAUCUUCCCCCGCAUCAUUACGUUUGGGCGACGAUUAUUGGCUUCAAGGCGAUCCCGCAGCAGGACGCCAGUCGAAGGAGAAGAGGGCUAUGGCACGGAUGGGACCCUCACACCGGAUUCACUGCCGACAGACCCAAGGCAGUUCGACUCUAGCAUGGGUACGAUUCCCAGCGACGAACCGGUGAAGCCGACGCGGCCGAAAGAGGAAGAGGAACUCGACCCCCAGUUUGACCUGAUAUUUUUGCGCUGGAGCCUCAUGGUCGAAGGCGGCUUCACAACGGUCGCCGCCUUUGCUACGCAGCCAUGGCACAUUUACCUCGCCGCAUUCUUGCUUCCCUUUGGCUCCGGAUCUGCGCCAGCCGCCAAGGGUGUCAUCACGUCCAUGUGCUCAGAUUCGCAGCGCGCAGAUGCUCUGAAUGCUGUCACGCUGGUGGAGAACAUUGCGCGUCUGUCCACGCAAGGUCUGUUUGGAUUUGUCUUUGCGGCACUCGCCAACGUUGGCAAGGCGUAUGCGACAUUUUUCUGCAAUGCUGCAAUUGCUGUCGUCGGCAUGAGUGUGCUAUUGCUAUCGCACUUUCCACCUGAUGGUAGCACUAUUGUCGACUCUGUCUCUGAAGGAGAAGAGCAAGCGGAUGAAGAGUAG